CAGAUGGCGGUGACUGUGAUCCUGGAGCCCGCGAGCCACUGCUGCUGGGAUGAGCCGGUGCGCAUCGUGGUGCGGGGCCUGGCCCCAGCACAGCAGAUCACUCUGCGCGCGUCCCUGAAGGACGAGAAGGGCGCGCUCUUCAGGGCCCACGCGCGUUACUGCGCGGACGGCGGCGGCGAGCUGGACCUGGAGCGCGCGCCCGCGCUGGGCGGCAGCUUCGUAGGGAUUGAGCCCAUGGGUCUCUUCUGGGCCCUGGAGCCCGAUAAGCCUUUUUGGCGGUUUUUGAAGCGGGACGUGCAGACGCCGUUCGCGGUGGAGCUGGAGGUGCUCGGGGGCCACGACCCCGAGCCACAACGGGUCCUGGGCCGCGCCACGUUCCAGCGCGUCUUCUUGCGGCCCGGUGUGCGGAGGGAGCCGGUGCGCGCGGGCCGGGUGCGCGCCACGCUCUUCCUGCCUCCAGGACCUGGACCUUUCCCAGGGAUCAUUGACAUCUGUGGCGUAGGAGGGGGCCUGUUGGAAUACCGAGCCAGUCUUCUGGCUGGCCAUGGCUUUGCCACGAUGGCCCUUGCUUAUUAUGAAUAUGAAGAUCUCCCCCAGACAUAUGACAGCAUACACCUGGAAUACUUUGAAGAAGCCCUGCACUACAUGCUUCAACACCCCCAGGUAAAGGGCCCAGGUGUUGGACUUCUGGGCAUUUCUCUUGGGGCUGAUAUUUGUCUCUCAAUGGCCUCGUUCUUGAAGAACAUCACAGCUACAGUUUCCAUCAAUGGAUCUGCAUUCAGUGGAAACAAAACCAUACAUUACAAACAGACUUGCAUCCCAUCACUGGGCCAUGACCUAAGAAGAAUCAAGGUAGCUUUCUCAGGCCUCCUGGAUAUUGUGGAUAUGCGGAAUGAUAUUAUAGGAGGAUGUGAGCACCCCAGUAUGAUUCCCAUAGAGAAGGUCCAGGGACCAAUCCUCUUUAUUGUUGGGCAGGACGAUCAUAACUGGAGGAGUGAAUUCUGUGCCCAACUGGCCUCUGAACGGCUCCAGACCCGUGGAAGGAAAAAGCCCCAGAUCCUCUCUUACCCUGGGGCUGGGCAUUAUAUCGAGCCUCCUUACUUCCCCAUGUGCCCAGCUUCCCUGCACAGAUUUGUAAACAAACCAGUGAUUUGGGGUGGGGAGCCCAGGGCUCAUUUUAAGGCCCAGGUAGACGCUUGGGAGAAAAUUCUAACCUUUUUCUACACACAUCUUGGAGCUUCUCCCAAAUUGUAA